AUGAAGGGCGAGAUUCUUCACCUCCACCUCGGCCAGGCUGGCACCCAGCUUGGUAACUCUGCCUGGGAGCUCUACCUGCUCGAACACGGCCUCGGUCCCGAUGGUCGUCCUGACCCCAACGCCAAGGAUAUUGGCGACCCCGGCUCCUUUGAGACCUUCUUCACCGAAACCAGCGGCGGGAAGCACGUCCCCCGUUCGCUCUUCAUCGAUCUCGACCCCUCCCCAAUCGAUGAGAUCCGCACUGGCGAAUACCGCUCCCUCUUCCACCCCGAGAUGCUGAUCAGCGGCAAGGAGGAUGCUGCCAACAACUAUGCCCGUGGUCACUACACCAUUGGCAAGGAGAUGGUUGACAGUGUCAUUGACCGCAUCCGUCGUGCUGCUGGUGAGUUCCCGUCCCUUACAACAUCUUGCUAUAUUACUAUAUAUAUCCCUCUUGUCCAUCUUAGCUACACGUUGCGGGCAAAACCACCCCCCGCUAACACACUUGGCAUCAUAGACAACUGCAACUCCCUCCAGGGGUUCCUGAUCUUCCACUCGUUCGGCGGCGGUACCGGUUCCGGUUUCGGUGCUCUCCUCCUCGAGCGCCUCUCCACUGAGUACGGCAAGAAGUGCAAGCUCGAGUUUUCCGUCUACCCGGCCCCCCGCGUCUCCACGGCUGUUGUCGAGCCUUACAACGCCGUUCUGUCUACCCACAGCACCAUUGAGAACUCGGACUGUACCUUCCUUGUCGACAACGAGGCCGUCUACGACAUCUGCCGCCGCAACCUCGACAUCCCCCGCCCCUCGUACCAGCACCUGAACCGCCUUAUCGCCCAGGUUGUCAGUUCCAUAACCUCGUCCCUGCGCUUCGACGGCGCCCUCAACGUCGACCUCAACGAGUUCCAGACCAACCUGGUUCCCUACCCCCGUAUCCACUACCCGCUUAUCAGCUACGCUCCUGUCAUCUCCGCUGCCAAGAGCCAGCACGAGAGCUUCAAGGUCCAGGAGCUCACCCUCCAGUCCUUUGAGCCCAACAACCAGAUGGUCGUCUGCGACCCCCGCAACGGAAAAUAUAUGGCCGUCGCCCUCCUGUACCGCGGUGACGUCGUCCCCCGCGACUGCAACGCCGCCAUUGCCGCCCUCAAGGCCAAGAGCUCCUUCAACCUGGUUGAGUGGUGCCCUACUGGUUUCAAGCUCGGCAUCAACUACCAGAAGCCCAUGGCCGUCCCCGUCCCCGCUGAGGACGGUGGUCUCGCCCCAGUCGAGCGCUCCGUCUCCAUGCUCUCCAACACGACCGCCAUCGCCGAAGCCUGGUCGCGUCUCGACCACAAGUUCGACCUCAUGCACAGCAAGCGUGCCUUUGUCCACUGGUACGUCGGCGAGGGUAUGGAGGAGGGUGAGUUCACCGAGGCCCGUGAGGACCUUGCCGCCCUCGAGAAGGACUACGAAGAGGUAGCCGCCGACAGCCUUGACGCCGAGGAGGAGGAGGCCGAGUACUAA